AUGAUCCUUUCCACUUACGGAUUAUCUAUCUAUCUAUCUAUCUAUCUAUCUAUCUAUCUAAUAUAUAUAUAUAUGAAUGAAAAAACAACUUCUUUUUUCUUUCUUUCUUUUUCUUUCUUUCUUCUUUCUUUUUCUUUCUACAUAGUCAUUUCUCUUUCUUUCUUUCUUUCUUUCUUUCUUUCUUUUUCUUUUUUCUUUUUCUUUCCAUUUCUUUCUUUCUUUCUUUCUUUCUUUCUACAUAGCUUGUCUUUUCUUUCUUUCUUUCUUUCUUUCUUUCUUUCUUUCUUUCUUUCUUUCUUUUCUUUCUUUCUUUCACUUGUAUCUUACGUUCUCACCUCUGAUUUUCUUCGAACCUUUUGCCCAUCAUUCCAUUUGCUCCUACCAAUUCAACAACCCCUUUUUCCAAACUCGCCCUCCAACCAAACAACCUGCCUACCAGUCGAUUCUUGCCACGCUUCUGCAACUCCCCACCUUCAUCUACUCGACCCCCACCGGCCACAUUACCACAACUACCUUGUCCCCAGCACACUGUGGCUUCUAUUCUCCGGAUCCCAUUAUCUUAUCCUGCCAACGCCGUCUCAUUCCUCCUUUUUAAUACUCCUGAAUAUGUCUUCCACUUGUAUCUUACCUCCCUGGGCUGGCUCAACAACAGCGUUUUCAAUUUUUGAUGAUUUAUCACUUUCCCUCUCUCUCUCUCUCGCUCUCUCUCGCUCUAUCUAUCUUUGUUUGAUGGACUUUUUUUUCUUAUUUUCAUUGGCUGAUUCUUCUGUUCUUUCUUUACAGCUCUUCCAAGAAACCUGCUUAUCUAUCUAUCUAUCUAUCUAUCUAUCUAUCUAUGGAGUGUAUCUGGUGAAGACAGCGGUCGUCUCGUACACAUUGUUCAACUCUCCCGACAGACCAACGCCUGUAGGGGAAAGCAACAUCAUCCUAAUAAUUCAAAAAAAGCGCUUUUCUUUCUUUCUUUCUUUCUUUCUUUCUUUCUUUCUUUCUUUCUUUCUUUCUUUCUUAAUUGUCUCCCUUCCUUCUUGUCCUCAUCUUUAA